AGUCCACUUGCUAGUACAUUUGUUUGCUAUUUGCUCUGCCCAAGCGCAAGCCGGCUCUGUCAUAGGAAAUACACGCUCAACUAAGUGCAACGUUGAAGGAAAACCACCAUGGAGCAGGCGAGGGCGACCAAGAUGCGGAGGAAGGAAGACGAAGAACAAGAGGUUGGUGGGAUCGAACGAGUCCCGGAGGAAUGCCUGGUGAAGGCCAUCUCCAUGACCUCCCCCGCCGACGCCUGCCGCGCCGCUGCGGUGUCCGCCGCUUUCCGUUCGGCGGCGGACUCGGACGCCGUGUGGGAGCGGUUCCUGCCGCCGGAUUGCGACGCCGUCCUGGAGCGGGCCGUGCACCUCGUGGAUUCCAACUCACAGAAGGAGCUCUUCAUGGACCUCAGCGAGGAGCACGUCCUGCUCGACGAUGGCAAGAGGAGUUUUGGGCUCCAGCGAUGGAGUGGCGCAAAAUGCUACAUGUUGUCUGUGAGCGAGAUGGGAAUCGCUUGGGUUACAGCACAUCUUUACUGGAGACAGAGGUUGGACCCAGAUUCAAGGUUCUCCAAGGUGGCAGAGCUGGUGUCCGUGUGCUGGUUCAUAAUCUCUGGCCACAUGAGCACCAAGGAGCUCUCGCCGGGCACCCACUACGCCGCCUACCUCAUCUUCAAGCUCACCCGCGACGCCUCUGGCCUAGCCUCUCGUCGCCAGAAAUCGUUUGUCAAGGUAGGCGGGCACCUGGUUGGGAGCACUUGCACCGCGUCUCUCCAUCUCUGCAACCAUGCUUCUUGCGCUAGCGAUGGUGGCGAGUCAUCAUCAUCAUCGUCGGCAAUCAACCACACCGCAACACAAGCGCAUGAGCACAAGGAGGAGGAUGAAGGAGGCAUCGUUGUUAGGUACCCACAAGAACGGACUGACGGCUGGUUGGAGUUCGAGAUAGGCGACUUCCACACAGUACUACUUCUUCGGCCAACGCAUUGAGUUGAUGUACGCAGGCUGACAACUAAAUAGGUGAUGAAGCCACGGCUGCAGAAGACGUUAGCAUGGAGCUGCAGGAGCUCGAGGAGCUACACUGGAGGAACGGGCUCAUCGUCGAAGGAAUCGAGAUAAGGCCUAAGAAUUGAUUAAUAUGGUAAUUAUAUCCCCAUACCAUAUAUACCAGGUAUACCAGGGAUUGGAGAUUUGGAGUUGAGUAUCAGGAAAUUUAUGUCCCGCUUUGGAUGAUAAGCAGUAAUAAUAGGAUAUAGUAAAUGUUUGAUUUCGAAUGUGUCCUGCUCAUGAAAUAUUGGAUGUAUAUUCAAAGACUAGGCCCUUCGGACACUGUUCUACCGGCCGCGCCACUUGAGCCGGCCCAGCAGCAAUAGCUCGUAUUUUAUUUUAUUUUUAUUUUUUGGAGAAAAUAGCUCGUGUUUUAGUAUCUAUUUCACUUUUACCUUCUUUUGUUAAGGCACUUUAAAAUGAUUAGUGUUAACUAAAAUAAUUUGCAGAUAGUUCAUAACAUGAUAAUGUAUCUUGCAAAACAAAACAUGACGAUGUAGUCUUAAACAAUAUUUUAAAAAGUUCA